AUGGACCAUGUCACCCUCCGUCCCGUGCUUCGGGUCUUCGGCGUUAGGGGUCCCAGUCGGCGAGUCCGGAGAGCCACCGCGAUUGCAAUACAUUUCACAACAGUCGUCUUCAUCAACAACGUCAUUCUGAAGCUCCGUGAGGCUUCAAGUACCUCCGCAAUCGGUCUCGUCAUCUUCUACGGUUCACCUCCGCUGCGCCCUCGGCUACACUCGCAUCUUGACUUGAGAUUAUCCCCAGGCACAAAACUUACACGCAAAUCAGCCCCGGGUCACUUUGGUUUUGAAAACCUUCAGAUCACAUCAUUCUGUAGACUGGCCGUACUCUACCCAGCAGCCAAGACGGCAGACACGGCUCCACGGCAGCAAGGUUCGCCCGUUCGUCGCCGACUCAUGAGAAGCAUGAGCCCAGUUCUUGGAAAGAUGCCCGAGCCUCACUCGCGGCGCGCUGGAGUUUGGAGCAGGGAUGGGACUCUAAAGUCUGAACCCGCGCCACAGUCCACAUCGGCAUCUCGGAGACUUCGCCCACAUUCCCGAACGCGAGACGGCGAGAGCCCACUGCCGUGGCGGAACCACGACCGCUCCGCCGCAUGUUCGCUUCCGCCAAGCCACUCUUCCCGUGUCACCCGGCCCGACGUGGAUUGA